CACACCUACUUUAAAAUGGCGGAUUUAGAAGGUGACAGAACCUCUUUUGUCAAUGAAGACUUUGACGAGUUGACCAGUGAAGAGGGAAGCGACCCAGUCCUCAAGAACAAUGGAAGCCAGGAAGAACCCAAAGAGACAGAGCAAGAGAGGAAAGAGCCUUCACCAGCACUACCAGUAUAUGCUACCCCAAUCCUAACUAAUGGAGAGGAGGGAAAAGAAGAUGAUGAUGAUGACAAAGAGGUGGUAGAGGGUGAGAAAGAGAAACCGGAGCCAUUUUACGAGAAUCCUAAACUGGAGCCAGACUAUGACGAGCCUAUUCCUCGCUCUGAUGCUCUGCCAAAUUUACCCCCAUCUUUCCCGCCCCCUCGUUUACCGACCGAGCCACCUCCCACUUUAUUGCUAGAGGAUGAAGGUGGACAUGGUUCUUCGCAGAGGGGUGGGGCCUCCACUGCUCCGUCGUCCGUUGUUGCGAUGAGUGAUGAGGCUAACCAUCGUCCACUGCCUUCGGAAGAAGUUCGUUAUGAGACGAUACCGGAUAGUCUGAGAGGAGGGGGAGGAGAAGAUGCAGCUAAUUAUGAUCUACAGGUUAAUAUAAUUGAUCAUGAGAAGCAAACCAUUUCAAAGACUGAAUCAUUCAUCACUUAUAAGAUAAGGACCACUACCAUUAGGCCGAGACAUUUAUACGAGAAGUCCGAGUAUCUUGUCUGGAGACGCUACAGGGACUUUGAGUGGCUUCAUGACCAACUUGAGAGAAAUCACCCCACACUGAUACUACCUCCAUUACCAGGUAAACAGAUCACUCGCUAUUUUGACCAUAUGAGUGAGACUUUCCUUGAGGAGAGGCAGAGGUGUCUCGAUCAGUUUCUAUGGCGACUGGCGACACAUCCCUUCUUCUCGUACGACAAUGCUCUUAAGAUGUUUCUCACUGCUGAUGAUGAGCAAUUUCUAUCUCACGUAACUGAGACCGGAAGUGGCAACAAGCUCUUAGACAUGUUCUCUAGUUCCGUGAAGCAGGCCACCACCUCAAUCAGGCUCAAAUCCCCUGACUCCGCCUUCACUGAAAAUACUAAAUACUUCAGUGCUUUUAGUGACAGGAUGGGCGUCUUGGAGAGGAUAGAGACACGCCUCCAGUCUGAUAGAAAAGAGUUAUGCACUGCAUUGACUGAAAUGGCUGAGGUUUGUGACACCUGGUCCAGCUCUGAGGAUAGGCUGGAGGACGGGAUUAAGAAAGUUGGCGGAGCCUUUGAAGCCAAUGCUUCAGCACUGAAUAAUCUGAAUGAUUCAAAUUCUUAUUCCUUUCAGUUAGCUCUUAGGAUGUAUCAAAAUUAUUCAGCUAGUGCCGUUUCUGCUCUAAAAAGAAGAGAUGCCCUUCAGCUAGAGCAUGAAAUAGCAAUUGAUGAGAAGGAAAGGAAGAAGAAGCUUCAUGAUGAGGCCGUACAAGCAGGGAAGACUGAGAAAGUCACAAAGAUAGCAGCUGAACUGGAAAAAUUAGGUGUGACAGCAGAGGUUACUCAAGAUAAGCUGGCUCAGUCUAACGAGCAGCUAAGAGUUGAUGUGGAGAAAUGGAAGGAGGCUAAAGACAAUGAACUGAAACAGAUUUUCCUAAACUGGACCUCAAACCAGAUCAUAUACCACGAGAAGAUGUUUCGUGAGUGGGAGGAGGCUCUGUUGUUGCUACGGCAACUAGGCUCUGAUGAGGACUUUAUAGAUCAAUAUUAAUGGACGACUAUUUUUGUUGUGAUUAUUGUUAUUAUUAAUAUUAUUAUUAUUA